AUUUAAAUAUGAUGUUUACAAUUUUUAUUGGUGCAUUGUUGAAGAGGGUUUAACUUCCCGGCUCAUUGAUGUUUGUUCAAAUAGCCCGUCAUACCAGGAAGUAUAAUUCUACUGGUAGGUUAGGAAGUAAGUGGGUCAAGAUUUGCAAUGUAUUACAUGUGUUACAGUUUGUGAAUUGUGUAAGGGAAGAUGUAUGAAAAGUGUUACAUGGCAAAAGCAUAAAAAAAUCCAGGAUUUAAGAGACGCAUAUAUAUAAUUCAUAAAAAAUGUCAGCAUCAGAAGAGGAUGAUAGUAUUUAUGACAAGUUGAUUGAGCCGAAUCGUUACAGGAUAGUCAAAUAUUUUGAUCCUUUUGUUGUAUUUGAUAUAAUGAGGUCAAAGGGUGUUUUUACGAUGGAUGACCAAGAAAGAGUAAUGAACAUGUACCCGCCAACAAGAAGGGCAAGGGCAGGACAGUUUCUGGAUAUUUUACAAACCAAGGGGGAUAAUGGUGUCAAGAUAUUUAUAGAAGUUUUAGAGUAUGACUACCCACAUGUAUACAAACUGAUUACCAAUAAGGAUGCUAAAGAACCUCCUAGAACUUUUAAACAACACAGAGAAUCCAUAAGAUCCAAAUGGAUAGACAAAACAGGAGAAUUAGUAGAUAUGAUCAAGAAUCAGUUUAUGGAAAAUGUUAAUCUCAGGGAAAACUUAGAAGAUCUCAAGGCUGUAGUCACAUUAAAUCAAGAAAAUAUCCAGGCUUCAGAGAAUGAAAGCAAUGAACUACGAGAUAAGAUGCGGAUAAUAUCUGGAGAAAAUGAUGAAUUGAAAGAACAGAAUAGUUCUUUGUUAAGAGAGAGAGAUAGAUUAAAAGAUGACAAUUUAAAGAUACAGAAAGAAUGUAUAGAAUAUUUUAAAGAGAGAGACUUGUAUAAAGAUAGAAUCAGACAUAUACAACAGGAAAAAGACUACAUAGAACAAGAGAUUAAUAAUUUGAAGGAACAUAUAAAACAGCUUAAAAUUGAAUUAAAACUUAACAGAACAGAUGUUAGAACACAAAAGUUUGAAAAAAUACAGAACAGACUGCAGGAGAUCAAAACGGAACAAGAUACGUUAUCAAGAACAGAAAUGGAGAAACAGAUUUUAAGAGAUGAACUAGCAGAAACUCAAGUUAAAGUAGAGGAACUGGUUGAAGAAAUGGAUAAUUUGCGUGUAGAAUUAGACAAGUCUCAGGCUGAUUGUAGUAAGCUGAGAGAGAAGAUUGAAAGAGAGAAAAAAGAGAGAACUCAGCUUGAACAAUGGCGUCAGGAAAAAGACAAAACAAUAGAAAACUAUUUCGAAAGAAUAGGAGAACUGGAAUUAGAUAAACAAAAUUUGGAAGGGGAAAGAAAUCGAGAACAACAGAAAAACCGAGAGUUAGAUCUAAAGAUUUCUAAGUUGUUCAGUGAAAAACACCAAUGGCAGCAAUCAGUAGAAACAUACAGACAAGAAAUAUCAGAGCUUAAAAAAAGAAAAUCUAUGUUUGGUAAUUUGGGUCAAACUCCAUGUGUCUGUACACAUCAACAUAUUAGGAAUGAGGAAGUACCCACUCCACCAGGAGGUCCUGUAUCUGGUGAAGUUGUAACAGAACAACCUGGAUUAUGCUGUCCACCAGUUCCAUGCAGAUUAAUAAGUGAAGGUGCAUCAAAUAAAUCAAGUGAAUCAUCAGAAGAUUUAACUGAGUGUAUACAGCUUGAGGUUGCCCUUGAUACUUUACCAUGGACAAUAGAUCAGUGUGCUGGUCGGCCUGUAUCUGGCCCGUUUAUAAGAUCUGGUAGUUAUGAAGAUACAAGAGAGAAAUGGACAGUGAAAAUGAAAAUGCCGCUGUUAGAUAAAAUGACAAUAUGUGGGGGAAACUUUACUGGAAUAUUUGUAGAAAAGACAAAAAAGAAGGAAAAUGUUCUGAAACCAGGAGAUAAAAUUGAAUCUAUGUGUAAAAUUACAGAAGAGUAUGAGCAACAAGAUCGCACCUCUUUUGAUGGUUUUACUCAAAGUCAGGCUAAAGAGAAACUUUCCUUCAAACAUCAUUCAGAUGAAAUGGAGGUCACAUUUAGAAGAAGAAAAAUCAAUAACACUCCAGAAUUUGAUUGUGCAAAGCUUUGGAUGGCAGAUGCAAAGAAUUCAAAAAGAGGAGACUAUUUCUAUGUCAGAGCUAACAGUCCAUACAAUCCAGAUGGAUCGCCAGGCUUACCCAAACAUAAAAUACAGACUGGUGACAUAUUUCUUGUACAAGACACUUGUCCUGUUACUGCUGGUGAAUGGCAGGCACUGAAGUUUGACAAGAAACGUGGUGACUGGGGACCACUUUGUCAGUCUAUACCGGAUAGUAAUCAUUCGAGGAGACAGCUUUUGAUGAAUAGACAACAAUCAUCUGAUCCAAAACAAGGGAGACAUAGAGCAUUUAAAAAGAGAAGUUUAUACACCAAUGUGUUCCCAAUGAAAGCUACCAGUAAGUUACCAGUAUGGAUGGUUGGACCUCAGGAUGUUGUGUUAGCUAUUCAAAACCUCAUGUGUCUGCAUUAUCCUGCAGAGUUUGUAACAGCACAAACAGGUCAGGUUAGAAUGAAAAGUAAUUUCCAGCAGGUAAUGGCUGGAGUCAGGAUGCAGGAUAAACAUGUUUUAAUGCACAUAAAUACCCAGUCGUCAACAGACAGGAUAGGAAUACUGCUGUUAUUUAGCAUUCUGAGCACAGACAAACAGAAACUUAGUGAAAUCUUAAAGAAGAAUGUGACUCCUGAUGCUACGACCAUAAAUGAAGAAAUAUUAAGACAACAAGGAUUAGAUAUAGGAGAAGUAAAAAUUCCAUGUAAUGGGGUAAAAGAUGAAACAACGCUAGUAGAUACAGUGUAUAAUAAAAUAAACAAUAUGCAAAAACAGAUUCUGUGGUUGUGUGAAAAUAGAUUGAGGAAGUAUAAACCAGACGUUCUUAGGGACUACAAAUGUUUCUUCACCGAGAGUAAUUUCUCCAUGGCGUACUCGAGGUUUAACUCAUCACAGGAUGAGCAGUCAAAUACAGGGCAAGAAACCAUGUCAAAUACUGGGCAGGAAACCAGUUCUAAUACUGGUAAAGAAGAACCAUUUCGAGUCAGACAUGACAGUAUUGCAUUAGACAGGGAUGUUUGUAAUUCAUGGGCAGAAGAAGAUCAUUGCUGAGUUUUAAUUCAUCUUAGAUUUUUUGAAUGACUGAAACUAACUGUGAUACAUUGACAUUGUAUGAAAACCAUAUAGAGGUAUCUUUCAUUAUACUGCCAUAUGUUGAUAAGCAGUUAAAAUCUGUGAUGUAUAAUGGUACAUUUAGGUUGACCUUGACAUUCAUUGAAUAUGUGACAGAAAUGUAUGAUGGCAUUUAGCAUUCAAGAAAAAAUUGCACAAGGUCAGAACAAGAAAAUAUGUCACUACAAAGUCCACAUAAUCUUCUAUUUUGAUAUUUUAGAGGAUUUGAUAAUUAAAGAACAAAUGUUAUUUUAUAGAUAUUGUGUGAAAUUUUUUAUGAAGUAUUCCUCGAACAGCAUUUUGUACAGAAUAAAAGGAUUUUUUAUAAACUGCAUUUAAUUCAAGAUUUGAUUCAUUCAAAUGUUUUAAAUUUUGGUGCUAGCACUUGAAGAGGUUCACAAAACCUCCAUCAUCUUGUCAUUCGCUCAUCCUUGUCACUUGCCAAGAAAUAAUAAAUAGAAAUUUAGUUAUAUAAAAGUGCAAUCCGUGAUGAAAUAUUUUUAGCCUAUUUCAACUCUUAAGGUAAAAUCUUUGUUUAGCUGUUAAAUUACAAAUGAGAAUUAUAGAUCACAUUGACCUUUUUUUUAAAAAUUUUUCUGAAAGAAUCUGUUAUCCAAAUAUGUUGAUGACAAUGAUUUGUUUGCACCAUCUGUAUGGAGACACACUAACAAUGUGCCAGAGGAAUUUCAUAAGUACUAUAAUGAACUUCUUUUUUUUUCCAUAGGAUCCAUCUAUGUUUUCUUUUUUUGGACGAUAUCAUAAAAUUUCAAGCCUCUAAUUACAUUAAAUUGCGAAAUGCUAAUGCAGCAGUAGUUAAAUGAAACCAUAACUCAGAAUAAGAAACAUUGGCUGUUUAUAAAUACUUGAAUUAUACAAGCGGAGAAGUCAGUCGCAGGGAUUAUGUUUGUGUCUUAAAAUACAAGUUUCAGGCUUUAAUAUGAUUAUGUUGCCUGACUGUAAAUAGUUUUAUGUUUUGUUAUUAUACCUUUUCAAAAAUUGGCGCAAAUGUAUACUUUAUUUUUGACGCAAAUGAUGCUAGGCAUUUUGAAAACAUUUUUGGCACAAACAGAAUUCUCCAAGGACAUUGGGGUAUAUACUAUCAUAUCUUCUCAAAAAUCUUUUACUCAUAUUAAUUUUUUUUAUUUUAUUUGUUUAUUUUGUUAAUUUGCUGAAUAACUUAAGUCUUCAAACUCUUGUAUUCUAUUGAGUUGGAUAUUUGCAGGCCAGAAAUCUUUCGUUCCAUUAUUUUAAAGUUGUGCAAUUUCCGAAUUACAUCUGAAAUGGUCAACCAUUUUUUGCCAUUGUACUCGGUUAUGGAUGUAUAUGAUUAUAUAGAACAUUAUUUGUCCUUUGUUAUUUCUCAUUGGAGUAUUAUAUUUGAUUUUUACAGUGCAUUCAAUUUUAAAGUAUUACAAAUUAUCUCCCUUUUGAUGAAUAUGCUUAGAGUUCGUGUUAUGAUGGUAGUAAAGACUAAUCAGCUCAAAGGCAGAAUUCUGUGUUUAGAGGUGUGGUGAGUGGGUGGGAGAGGGAGGGACAUGAUAUGUUUCCUGCUAAAUGUUACCUGAUAAAAUGUUUAAUAGAGUGAUUAUUUAGCAUGGAUAAUAUUUCUAUCACAUAAACAUGUUCUUGUUCUGAAAAUGGUUAAAAAAUUUCAUACUGUUCAUUGUAUAUUAUUAUUAUUGUAGCUGAUUUAGUGUAAUCUCAUACAUAGCUAUGCUGUUAAAAACAUGAUGUAAAAAUGUAUUUGAGUCAUUUUGAGGGAUGAUUAAUCUUGCCAAAUAGAAUGUAUACCUCAUAAAAGUUGAUCAUCCUCUUCUCAAUAGAUGACUUAAUAUUAUAUUCAGGUAUUAGCUUACAAUAUUAUUAUUAGCAUUUAGUUUAUAGAUUAUCCUUUUAAUUAUUUGCCAAUACAUGUACAUUUGUUAUCAUUACAUCUUAUUUUCUUUAUAUGAAAAAUGAUGCAUUUCUCAUGGAAAAUAAGGCUGUAGGAAACAUCAUAUAUAAUGAUGCAUUUCUCGUGGAAAAAAGGGCUGUAGGAAACGUCAUAUAUAACGAUGCAUUUCUCGUGGAAAAUAGGGCUGUAGGAAACAUCAUAUAUAACAAUGCAUUUCUGGUGGAAAAUAAGGCUGUAGGAAACAUCAUAUAUAACGAUGCAUUUCUCGUGGAAAAAAGGGCUGUAGGAAACGUCAUAUAUAACGAUGCAUUUCUCGUGGAAAAUAGGGCUGUAGGAAACAUCAUAUAUAACGAUGCAUUUCUCGUGGAAAAUAGGGCUGUAGGAAACAUCAUAUAUAACGAUGCAUUUCUGGUGGAAAAUAGGGCUGUAGGAAACAUCAUAUAUAACGAUGCAUUUCUCAUGGAAAAUAGGGCUGUAGGAAACAUCAUAUAUAACGAUGCAUUUCUUGUGGAAAAUAGGGCUGUAAGAAACAUCAUAUAUUCAUUCUUAUCUUGUACAGGGACUUCAAUCUGAUAUUAGUGUUUCUUUACAUAGGAAGAAAGGAAGACAUUUGCAAUCUCUAUAUAUUAUGAAUCUCCUAUUCCUUAUUAUAUGUGUUAAAUUUUUACAUAUAACUCCCAGAUAAACAAUUUUAUUCACAGUUAUGGAGACAUUUAGUGCUCUUAUUAUCAUCAUGCAACAUUAGGUUAUUAUUUAUUACGGAGUAAACAUUACAUUAUAACUUACAUUAUAAUUAUGAUUUUAAGUAUGAAGCAUUACCAUUAUAAGAUACAAAAGCUAGUCAUAGUAAGGUCCCUACCUAUACAGUAAUCACUUCUUUUGUCUUUCCAUACAGAUAUCUAUAUAUAAAUUGUAAUUCAAGUACUAAGUUGUUUUUUUUAAAGUUUACAUAUUUCAUAAAGUUCCUUUAAUUUUGAAGUACCUUGGAGGUCUAAUGGUAGCGUGCUGGCCUAAAGUGAGGAAGGUCGUGGAUUUAAUCCCCAGCCGGGUCAAACCAAAGACUUGAAAAUAGGUAUUUGAUGCUUCUUCACUAAGCAGGAGGAAGAGCAAAGAUUGGUCAGCCUGCAGUCAGAAUAAUAUGUCUAAGUAGGGUGCCAUGUCUACUGUUAUCUUGUGAAUACCACAUUAAACAUCCAGCUCAGCAUGUCUGUCUAGAACAAAGCAGGGUUCAUAUUCAAAAUACAUGAAUAUGUUCUCAUCCUGAAUAUGCAUUUAACUUGCCGUUGGAUGCUAAACAAUCAUUGAAAACUGUUAUAGAAAAAAUCUGACUGGGGCAAAAAUGUUUAGAAUAUUGAGCUCUACCAAUUGUCCAUAUAUGUCAAAACUGUCAGACGACUUCUUAUAGGUGUUAUUGCCCUUAAAUGACAAAUUUUACCUUUUUUUUUCAUUUUUGUCUACUAUUUGCCGAGAUAGUAAGUAGACUGUCACUCUUAAUAGGAGUGAUUGCCCUUAAAUGAGGAUUUUGUUUACCCUCUUUUGGGUCUUGAGCAAAAACUAAAGAAGAUAGAGAGAAACUAAACAGACUAAAUGAUCAGCAAUACAAGAUCAACAAAACAGAGAUUAUUGUCAUGAAUUCUAUUCUCGUCUACAAUGUUGGAGAGUGUCCUUUGUUGAAUAUGCACAUAGACAAAGGUGAGCGACACAGGCUCCUCUAGUUUUUUACCAACCAUAAAAGAGGAUUUCUUCUUUAAUUUUUUUCACUCACUAGUAACUAAAUUUUCAAGACCUAGUCUUACAAAAGGUGGCAAAGGAUUAAGAUGAAGUUAAAUAAUCACCCUUUUAUCAUUUUUUAAAGAAAAUAUUUUAAUUUAUACUGCAUUAUCUUCAUGUUAACUUGAAUUCAUGAAAUUGAAUUUAUUUUUUUCGAACAACAAAAAAAGCAGUCUUGAAUUUACAUACAUGAAUUACUUUUUUCAAUCGGAAUAUAGUCAUGAUUUUGCCAAUCUGGUACAUGUACCAAAAAAAGUCAUUGUAAUAUUUUUAUUUCUUAUUUAUUUUUUUAAUUUUUUAAAGGUUUUAUGUACUUUAUAUACAUAGUAAUAAUAUAUACUAAUGCUUUAUACUGUUAUACGUCUCUAUCCUUAAAGGUAUCUGUACCAUAUUUAAACAUGGUGGGAUUUUAAUUUCUAAAAUUUUUGAAAUCACACAAAAAAAUAUAUUCGUUAUUGCAAGUUUGCCAAGGGAAUCUACUGUAUAACAAAGUUAUGUUGUAUUUUUUUUUUUUACCAAUCACAUGAUUAAUUAAGGUAAUGAUUCCUUAAGUGAUAGAGUAUUAACUUCUUAUUAAUAAUUGUUUUAAAAAAAAUUACUAGUUAUGUCUGUUACAGCUUAAGAAUUUUAUUCUAAUGAAUAAAAUAAUGUUUUUAAA